UGUGUGUGUGUGUGUGUGUGAAAGAGAGGGUAAAAGACUCGCAGAGAGAACCACCACCAGGUUCCUUUUUACUUUUGUUUGUUUAUAAGCAGACAUUUUCAAAUAAUUACACUUUUCUUCCCAACUUUGUUGCAAAUAAGAUAAAAAGUCUGAACACAAACAGGAAGGAGUGAAGAAAAGGAUCAGCAUGGAUGUUCAGGCUGCGUUCGCCGUCCUCCUCAUGUUCGCCGCCACCGUCAACGCUGAUGGGGAGGCCAGCGCUAGCUUCAGGGGAAGUGAAGUCACACUGACCUGUCCCUUCGAUGGAGCUUGGUACGACAAAGACACAAAGCUGAGCGAGACAGAUGCUUACACCUUUCAGUAUGAAGUCCCAGUCCAGUACGACUGUAAAACCUCUACAGGGAGGCUGUACCAGUUCUAUGUGAGAGGAUUAGCGUGUGACAACUGCUUUGAACUGGAUGCGUUUCUCUUCAUCGGGAUGGUCACUGCAGAUGUGAUCGUGUCAACAGUCCUGAUGAUAAUAAUCUACAGAUGCAACAGGAAGACCAGCUCAGAUGCUGCUCCUCAUCCUGCUAAAUCACCUGCUAAAGCACCUGGACGGGCCUCGCCUAUUCCACAUCCUGACUACGCGCCACUGAACCCAAACACUCGAUCGAUGGGCACUUACUCCACCGUGGUGACCAAGAUGGGAUAGAGACGAGACACCUGAGGAACAUUCUAGAGUCCCGGAGCUUGUUGGCAUCUCAUCUACUUCCUGUGGAAAUGGAACGGUUGUAGAAUCUGGAAGCAUGGCUCUUUGUUUAUUAGCAUUCCUCCUGCUCUGUUUAUUUACAGCUUUAGAAGGAUGAUUUAAAUCUGUUAUAGGUUUAUGCUAUUUUAGGCAGAAUUAUAAUUCCAGCUGAUGAAUAUCAUUAGAGUUGGUAGCUACAGCAUCAGUGGGACGGGUGUAUUUACUGAAACAGACCAUUAACUCUGAUUUUUAAUCAUUCAUAUGGAGCAUGAUAUGUGACGUGAGGAAGUACAAUAAUUAUAGUGUUACGGGUCAUGGUGUUUUAUAGACUGAUUGGGUUUGGUUAGAGCAUCACAAACGGUGAAGGCCGAUCAACUCUUAAUGUGGGAAACCAAACUGUUAGCAGCAGGAAGUCGUAGAAGGAGGACGUCCAGCAUGAUUUGUUAUUUUCAUUCUAUCUUUUGUGGCCAUAAAACCAGACUAUUACAACAGGAACGAUGAGUUUAGCAGCUUCUCUGGCUGUUUUCUCUACAUGAUGCUUUUUUCCUGCUUAAAAAUGUUUUGGUUUAGUUUUCUAUUAAAGCUGUUCUGUUUGUUGUUCAUCUAGAAGUGUCUUGUGUCUGUAACACAUCACCAAUAAACUAAAGCAUAAGCCA